GUCAUGAAUCAAGCCCACCUCUGUGUGACUCAGGAUUUACAGUAAACUCCUCCACAUUUCCGCAGGAGGAAAACACCGAGGAUUGUCCAGGCGCGUGCACCCUUCUCUUCUAAGAUACAAGAAUGAUCUGCUGUGGUCUGCUCACUUCCGGGAAGGAACCAGUUCCUCUGAAGAGUGUGGAGGUGGAGCUGGAGGUGAGGGACCAUGUGGCUACAGUGGUGUCCACUCUGAACUAUGAGAACAAGGAGGACAAACCACUGGAGGCUGUGUUUGUCUUCCCUAUGCCUGGAGAUGCUGCUGUCUGUCAUUUCAGUGCUACGAUUGGACAGACACAGAUCGUGGCUGAGGUGAAGGAGAAACAGAAGGCUCGUGAGGAGUACGAUGACGCUCUGAGCUCCGGUCAGCAGGCCUUCCUGUUGGAGGAGAGUGAUCAGAGUCCAGAUAUUUUCUCUCUGAGUGUGGGCAGUCUGCCUCCAGGAGAGAGCGCUUCCAUCAGGCUGGAGUACGUCACUGAGCUGGCUGUGCAGGCUGAUGAAGGGCUGAGGUUUGUUCUGCCUGCUGUGCUCAACCCUCGCUACCAUCCACAGGGUAGUGCAGGUGGCAGUGUCCAGGUGACCUCUGUUCCCGCCUCUCUGGUGCCCUACAGUCUGUCUUUCUCUGCCCGAGUGUCCUCUCCUCGUCCUGUCUCUAAAGUAGAGUCCAACUGUCCCCUGGACCCUCUGGAGUAUCUGAACACAGAGCAGAGCCAGGCCACGGUCAAGCUGGCUGCAGGACACAAGUUUGACAGAGAUGUUGAACUUCUGAUUUAUUACAAAGAUGCCCACCAGCCCACAGCUGUGGUGGAGGCAGGACAGACCUCUGCCAAGCCUGGCACUCUGAUGGGGGAUCCAGUGGUGAUGCUGAGUCUGUACCCUGAGUUCCCCCAGGCUGUGAUGUCUUCACUCGCCUCAUGUGGAGAGUUUGUGUUCUUAUUGGAUCGAUCUGGCAGCAUGCAGAGGGACCGUAUUAAGAGUGCCAGGGAUACUCUGCUGCUCCUGUUGAAGAGUCUACCAAUGGGCUGCUUUUUUAACAUCUACAGUUUUGGGUCCAGUCAUGAACACAUCUUCCCUAAGAGUGUGGAGUACAGCCAGGAGACCAUGGAAGAGGCUCUGAAGAUAGUUGGAGGGAUGGAAGCAAAUCUGGGAGGAACUGAGAUCCUGAAGCCCCUCAAAGACAUUUACAGCCAUGCCUGCAUUCCCAAUCAACCUAGACAACUAUUUGUCUUCACUGAUGGAGAAGUGAGGAACACCAAAGAAGUAAUCAAUCUGGUGAAGAAAAAUUCAGGUUCCCACAGGUGUUUCUCUUUCGGGAUUGGGGAAGGGGCCAGCUCUGCUCUUAUCAAUGGGUUGGCCAAAGAAGGAGGAGGUCACGCUCAGUUCAUCACCGGCACUGACCGGAUGCAACCCAAAGUGAUGCAGUCGUUGCGUUUUGCUCUACAACCAGCUGUGGUGGAUAUCUCAGUGAAGUGGGAUUUGCCGAAGGGAGUCUCUGUCACUGUUCUCUCACCACCAAUCACUUUACUUUUCCAGGGUCAAAGGUCACUGAUUUAUGCCCAGCUCACUGGACAGAGUCCAGAGGCAGCAGAGGGCUCUGUGACGGUGAAGUACAGCCUGGCAGGGCAUCCCUCUCAGAACAAGCUCCACUUCAGCCUCAAACCUGCAGCGGACUCUGGAUUAACGGUCCACAGGUUGGCUGCUCGGACUCUGAUUCGCUCCCUGGAGAUGGAGGAGAUGGAGCGCAGAGGACAGCCAGAUGAAGGAGUGAAGAAGAAGGUGGUGGAGCUCAGCGUCCAAUCAGGAGUGAGCAGCGCCUUCACUGCCUUCAUUGCUGUCAAAAAAGACAAUGGAGAGACGAUUCAAGGACCCCUGGUGCGCCGAAAUGUUCCAACACCCAUGCUAAUGAUGGCCAUGUGUGGAGGUGGUCCAUCUGGUGGUCGAAUGAUGGGUAGGCCUAUGCCAAGAAUGAUGAGCUGUUCAAUGCCCAUGAGUGUACAAGCAAGCCCAAGCGCAUCAAUGGACAGCUACGGAAGAAUGAAGAACUGUUCAAUGCCCAUGAGGAAAACAGCAAGCUCAUGUGCACCAAUGGACAGCUCCGUAGGUGGCGUCCUAUGUAGCUUAUCAUCCAACGAUUCCCUGGACAUUGAGCCCCUGCAGCCUCCCAGAGACCCUCUGCUGCAGCUGGUCUCCCUGCAGAAGGCGUCCGGCUGCUGGGAGCUGGAUCCAGCUCUGGCUGCUGCUGUGGGAAAGACCAGCGAGGAGGUGGAAAACACAAAACCUGCAUCGGAGAACAAGGAAGUGUGGGCCACCAUUCUGGCUCUGAUCUGGCUUCAUGGUUUCAAGAUGGAUGCUCAGGAGGAGUGGGAGCUUCUGGCUAUGAAGUCUGUGUCAUGGCUCCGUGCUCAGAACGCUCCAUGUGUGGCGGAGUGUGUGGAGGCUGGAAACACUCUGCUGGGUUGUAAGGUGCAGAAAGAUGCCCUGGGAAUCUGAGGUUUUCAUUAAAGCAACUUCUCCUUCAGGAUUGUUGCACAGAAGCAUUUAAACUAUUUACUGCAAUGUUUACUUAAUCAAAAUGGCACUAUCCACAUUUAAACUUGCAACUGUUUUAUUACUUCCUGCUACUUUAUGUAAAACAUUUUUUUUUUUUUAAAGUAACUAUAUGAAUAUUUUCAUCUAGUGAAAAUGAAGCCUGAACCUCUGGUUAAAUAUUUGUUAAUCACAAAAUAAUCUCCAUCUGUUAAGUGUGCAAAGUGACAACAAAUAUGCCUAUAAAUUCCUUGCUGCAAACUCUUUAAAAGUUCAAUUUGUUUGGGAACAUGUUUAAGAAAAAAAAAGUAAUAAUAAAUGUGUUGAAAUUUGUUUAAACUUCAAAUUAUUUUAAAUAGCAUUUGUGUCAUGUUACUACAGCGGACGAAUAAGACGUACCAUCUUUUAAUUGGAUUUUAGUCCAGCUUCUAUUUUGAUAUGAAUAUUUUUGAGAAAGAAUCAGCAGGUUAAACAGCAUUUUGUUGAUUAAGCUUCUUGGUCAUGUGACAAUAUGACUCCAAAAUGACUUCAGAGUAGGGUGUUUUUAUUUGGACAUUAAGAAAAUUCCGCAGUUAUUUCUAAUCUAUUUUUCAAAGUUUCCACAUCAUGUGACCCAAUGACUAAAAAUUAAAGCAACAUUAUAAAACUACACU